AUGGCUAACGACCUCGACAAGUACCUCGCGGUGCUCAAGGCCGCAUAUGACUACACUCCUCAGUCAGAAGAUGAGAUAGAAAUAAAGGAAGAUCAGAUUCUCUUUCUCAAGGAGCGGGUAGAUGACGAUUGGUGGAAGGUCAAGGUCAGAGGCUCAUCCCAGGACGACGAUAGCCCUGUUGGACUUGUUCCAGCAGCAUAUGUGGAACCGGCCGACCACACAUCUGUUGUAAAGGCUGUGUACGACUACAACGCUGCUGCUCCUGGUGAAAUUUCCAUGGUAGAGGAUGAAAUUUUGCUCGUGUUCGAUACCGAGGAUGAAUGGCUUCUCGUGCAAAGCAAGACCAGCGACAAGGCCGGAUUCGUCCCUGCCAACUAUGUCGAAGCAUGCAGCGAGGAUACAGAGGAAGAGGAAACCGCGGCGCCUCCACAGAUCAUAGUUCCUCCAUCGCCUCCACGACCCGUUAGCACAUACGUCGACCCCGCCGACAGAGUUGCAUCGGCAAAGGUGACGGCGGACGAUAUCCAAACCUGGUCGGUGUCUGAGGUCGAUAAGAAAGGGAAGAAAAUGAAAGGUACUUUGGGCAUCGGGAAUGGUGCUAUGUUCUUUGCUAGUGAAACCAGCAAGGCAGCGGUCCAGAAGUGGCAAACUGGUUAUAUUGUCAACAUCAAUACGGAAAAGUCUAAACACGUCCACUUCGAUGUGGAAGGGCCGAAUCCAACAAGCCUUCAUUUUAGUGUUGGGUCAAGAGAUAAUGCCGAGGCUAUAGUAUCGAAACUUGAAUCUUCUAGAGCUCUUGCCGUAGAACCCCCAAAGUCUUCGGAGGAACCUGAACCUGAACCUGAACCAGCUGUGGAGGGACCGCCCAAGAAGCCAUCGGUACAUUUUUCGAACCAUUCUCCUGUCAUUAUUCCACCACGCCCAAGUGAACCUUCUGAUGAUGGUGAACCAGAGCUAGAGGCCCAGGGAUCAGCAGGUGUUGCCUUGUAUGAUUUCACAGCUGCUGGAGAUGAUGAGCUCUCUGUCAAAGAAGGAGAACAACUCACAAUUGUAGAAAUGGACGAAGAGGAUUGGUGGAAAUGUCGUAACGCAAAAAACCAAGAAGGCAUGGUCCCAUCAUCGUACUUAGACCUCGCCUCGAAGGAUGGCUCAACCCCACCUUCUUCCCGUUCUCCAGAACCUGAGCCUGUGGAGGAAGAUGAUGCAGAGGCUCGUGAAGCAGAGGAGCGCGCCGCCGCCGAAGCUGCUGCUACUGCUGCUGCUGCCGCCGCUGCGCAGGCUGAAGCACGUGCCAAACGUGAAGAAGAAAAGAAGAAGGAAGAGGCGCGAAGGCGAGCUCGAAUAGCUGCGGAGCAAGCUGAUGCAAAACGAAAAGAACGCCAAGCAUCUCGUACAGUGUCUACGCCACCUCCUUCCAAACCAAGUACCGAUAGCUCAAGUAGUUCCAGUAGACCGUCAGCAGACUUAGGCCGUCCCCCAGCAGACCGUGUUCGUGUUUGGCAUGACCGUACUGGACAGUUCCGCGUGGAUGCUGCAUUUGUGGGCAUGAAUAACGGCAAACUACGACUACAUAAGCUGAAUGGAGUCAUUGUCGAGGUGCCAUCUGAGAAGAUGUCUCACGAGGAUAUGCGCUACGUUGAAAAGCUAACCAACAAGAAAUCUAGACCACCGACCACCCAUAAGGUGUCCGAAGACGAUAUUCCUAUUGGUGUACAGUAUCCAAAUGCUGCCAACGGGAAAGCAGCGCGCGUGUCUCAAGGACCAAAGAAACCGACCGUCGACUGGUUCAAGUUCUUCCUGGACGCCGGCUGCGAUAUGGAUGAUUGCACUCGCUACACUACGUCAUUUGAGCGGGAGAGGAUGGACGAAGCAGUGCUGCUGGAUACGACCGAAGCAACACUACGUUCUUUGGGCCUCCGAGAAGGUGACAUCAUCCGCGUCAUGAAGGUCGUUGAAAAGCGUAAAACCAAGACUAAUGGAGAGGGCGAGCAAGGCCGCAGCGACGAGGAGAUAGCUAAGCAACUUCAUGCGGAGUUGAACGGUUCUAAACCUGCUCCAAACAUUUUCACUGGGCCAGGUGGUGUCUUAAAGACACAGGUACGACGUGGAAGGCCGCAGCCUAGCAAGAGUCUUCCACCUACAACGGUCGACCUGAAGUCGAUUGGCAACGCUGUGGGCAACAUUACGGGAGCAGAACGAACGGCUUCACCACAGCUUCUCAGUCCUGUUUCUAGCAUUGCGGUGCAACCUCCCCAGCGGGUAAACUCAGCGGCCCCGGUCGUCAGUGGUUUCGAUGACGAUGCUUGGACAAAUCGGCCCAGUUCAACAAAGCCAUUGACUCCCGCUGGCCAAGCUGCCGUACCACGAGCACCUUCAGCCCCUCCUCUUGCUACCUCUGCAGCACCCACAAACCUUCCCGCCCCUUCACAGCCCCCUCCCUCAAUCACGGCUACAUCUACCGGUCAUACUCUUGCCAAGACGACGGAGUCUGAUAUCUUUGAUCAGCUGUCGCGUUUGAGCGAGUUGAGGAAGAAUUCUCCGUCUGCGCCUCAACCCACUCCUACACCACCUGUGGUAGUUGCAUCUCCCGUGAGCUAUGGCUCGGGCCUCGGCAUGGGAUCGUCUCCUGCACCAAUAGGACAGCAUCUACAGAAUCAGCAAACUGGAAUGUUGCCUCAACCGAAGCCACCACAACCUUACAAUGGCCCUCGAGGUCCAUUUGCUCCUGUCCCUGCUAAUCAAGGCCUGUUGCAGCCUCUUAUACCCACACAAACCGGUUUCAAUAGUUUCAUUCCUACACGUUCCACCGGCGCUUCCGUAUCUCCAUUCGUGAACAACUCCUCACCUCCAUCUCUUCUGACUUCUCAACCGACGGGAUUUCCUUCUCAGCAGGCGCAAAUAAUAUCGCAGCCAACAGGGUUCCCUGGUAUUCAACAACCCAUCAUGUCUCAGCCCACUGGUAUGCCCUUCGGUGGUUUCAACGGUGGUAGCCCCUUCCAGAAUGGUGGCAUGGGUGGUGUUAUGUCGAAUCCAACAGGUAUGAACUCUGGCUUCGGACAAUUCGGUAAUGGAAUGUCUUCGCCGCCACCAGUACCUCCACUUCCGAAUGCUAACAACACCAAUCCCGCCAACAUUUUUGCGCAAAUGAAAUCUGGUACUUUUGCUCAGGAUAACGAACCACGGCCUGCAAGUUCAUUCGAUGCUCUUCGGACAAAUCCAAUCCAAGCACAACCAACUGGCUGGGGCGGUUUCGGAGGUCCAUCAUACAUAGGAUACCAACGGUGA